GUGUGUGUGGGUGUGUUGCUCAGUUCAGUGCCUGUUCGGCCUGAGAACCGAACAGGACUUCCGGUCCCCUCACGCAUCUGUGUACUGUCCCUUUAACUAAGGGGGCCGCACAGUUAAAGCUGCAAUAUUUUACAGGCUGAACAUCCGCUCACUCAGGACCCAUUCAUAAAUAACACAUCGUGUGGAAAAGAGAGCUCAUACAGCAUUAGAUUUUUAAUUAAUCGGAACUAGAGGCGAGGUGAAAUCAGACAUGUUCACCUCGGCCGGGGACUGUGUAUCGGGGGCACAGCUGAGAGAGCUGACCCCCCUGCUGAUGGUUUUGACUUUAUGUGCGAACCAUCAGGAGGCAGCCUGAUCCAGCUCGGAGCAUUUGGCAAACCCAGAAAAAUGCUUGUUUCCUCCGAAGGUUUCCUACGUGCUUCCGCCUUUCACAACUAACCCUGUUUUAAGCCGCUUUCAUCAUUCUUUUUUAAUCAUUUUUUUUCAUUAAAUGAAAAUACAUCAGAGGAGCCGGGGACCUGACAUACCGAUGGAGCAGUGAGUUAUGGCAGCUAAAGAGGAACUGUACGCCAAAGUGACGCCGCGGAGGCAGCGCCAGAGCCGGCCGAGCACCAUCAAACAUGGGUCCACUCUGGACGUGCUGCUGUCCAUGGGCUUCCCCAAGACCAGGGCCUUGAAAGCUCUGGUUUCCACGGGAGGGAAGAAUGUGCAGGCAGCUUGUGACUGGCUCUUCUCCCACGUAGACGACCCCUUAUUGGAUGACCCUCUGCCCAGAGAGUAUGUGUUGUACCUGCGCCCCAGCGGGCCCCUGCUCCAGCAGCUCUCACACUUCUGGCAGCAGUCCCGCGUCUCCUGUGGAAAGAACAAGGCCCACAACAUCUUCCCCCACAUCACCCUCUGCCAGUUCUUCGUGUGUGCCGAUGGGAAGGUGGAGGCUCUGACCGAAGCUCUGCAGUCCACCGUGGCCAAGUGGAAGGGUCGUAUCCCCAUGCCCCUCCCGCUUGAGCUCUACACCUCCAGCACCUUUAUCGGCCUCUUUGUGGAGGAGCAGAUGGCCGAGGUGCUGAAGACUUUCGCCUCUGACUUUGCCACUGAAGCCACAGCUAAAGCAGAUGUUCACGUCGAGCCUCAUAAGAAACAACUUCAUGUCACUUUGGCGUACCACUUCCAAGUCAGCCACCUUCCGGUUUUGGAAAAGUUGGCCAAAACGGUGGACGUGUCUUCAGGCUGCGACUGGCUGGCUGUGCUCUUCUCCCGGGACAUUUGCUUCGCUAACCAUGAGACGCUGCAAGUCAUGUACCCGUAUGUGCCUCAGAAUGACGACGAGCUGGAGCUGGUGCAGGGAGAUUUCAUCUUCAUGUCUCCGGUGGAGCAGAGCAGUGCCAGUGAGGGCUGGGUGUACGGCACCUCGCUGGGCACGGGGCUGUCGGGCCUGCUGCCUGAGAACUACGUCAACCGCGCUGAUGAGUCUGACACCUGGGUCGUCCACGGGUCUCACUCCAUGCUCACCUGUGCCUCUCCGUCUAACUCCGGCAGCAGCGUGGCGGGGUUAUUGUUUGACGGAAAGCUGAACGACAGUCUGUUUGACAGUCUCAUGGAUCCUCCUGGCCUUACUGGCCUCUGUCCUCCUAUGCAGGUUUUGAGGCCAACCUCUCAGUCUUCCGUUUCCAAGAUGAGAAUGUUUGUGUGUCGCCAUGGGGAGAGGAUGGACGUGGUGUUUGGGAAAAACUGGGUCACUCAGUGCUUUGACGCCAAAGGCCGAUACAUUCGCUCCAACCUCAACAUGCCAUCCAGCCUGCCAGCUAGAAGUGGAAGUCACCGGGACUACGAUAAAGAUUGUCCAAUUACUGUGUUUGGCUCCACCCAGGCCCGACUUGUAGGGGAAGCUCUGUUGGAAAGCCACACAAAAAUAGACUUUGUUUACUGCUCUCCUUCUCUUCGCUGCGUCCAGACUGCUCAGAACAUUCUGCAGGGCCUGCAGCAGGAAGGCAAGACAAAAAUCUGUGUGGAGCCUGGGUUGUUUGAAUGGACCAAGUGGGUUUCAGGCACAAGUUUACCCGUGUGGAUCCCCCCAGCUGAGCUGGCUGCUGCUAACCUGAGUGUGGACACAACUUACAGACCUCAUAUUCCCGUAAGCAAGUUGACAGUGUCAGAAAGCUACGACACCUACAUCAGCAGGAGCUUCCAAGUAACCCGCGAGAUCCUGACGGACAGCAAAAACCUGGGAAACACGGUCCUGAUUGUGGCCCAUGCUUCCUCCCUGGAGGCCUGCACUCGUCAGUUACAGGGCCUCAGCCCGCAAAACUCCAAGGAUUUUAUCCAAGUGGUCCGAAAGAUUCCUUACUUGGGUUUUUGUGCUUGUGAAGAAUUGGGAGAGACCGGGGUGUGGCAGCUGGUCGACCCACCCAUCUUGCCUCUGACACAUGGACCCAAUCACAGUUUCAAUUGGAGGGAAAUGCUAAUGCAAGACUGAAGGAUCCGCUCUUUGGCUCUUUUAUCUUUUGGUGACCCUGAACUGCUGAAAGAAAUAUUUAUUUUUAACCCGCUCUGCUCUAAAUCCAGCCCAACUACCAAAAAAAAAGAAAAAAGAAAACACACGUCUUGCUUCCUUCAAAGACAUCAAGCAAAAAAGAAAUGCAUUAAUUGAAGCAAAUGUAUUCAGACACACUGCUCAGGAAUGAGGAAAAAGAUGAGCCACAGAUAGAAUGGCAGUUUGGUGUUUUGAGAAUUGUGGAUAUUUCUUACUCGUUUCGGAUGAAUCAGGUUUUAUGCCAUAAAAAAAAAAGCGACAUUUAGUCUGUGAUUCCUCUUCAGGCAGGGCGGUGAAGACUCUGUGUUUUGCUGCCUUCACACACACACACACACACACACACACACACACACACACACACACACACACACACACACACACACACACACACACACACACACACACACACACACACACACACACACACACACACACACUGUGACAGAAGUAGAUGAGAGAGACUUCUACCACAGAAAUAUUUUUUUCCCAUGUGUCAGAAAUUAUUAUUUAACUUGUAGCUCCCGCAAAAAAAAACAAAAAGCACAAAAGAAAUGUUGACAAUCAGACAGGGGAAACUGAUAUUCAUUGUUUCUGGUGCUGAGGUGGGUGGUUUAAGAUUCCUGUUUCAUUCCUGUAAAUGUCAUAUCAUCCAGUGAUUUUUCAUACAUGUAUUUGCGAACAGGAAUCAUUUUACCUUCCUGCAAUGCAGUUUUAUUACCACCACAGGAGCAACCAAGGCUUAAGAAAUUUAAUAUAAUUUAAUAUAGAUUGCUUUUGGGUGCAUUGACUAAAAAUAUUUGCUUGUUCAUCACAGCAACACUGGUGAAUUUCAUGUUGUUGGUUGUGUCAGAUGAUUUAAAUGCUUACUGCCUAUACACAUAUUGUUUGUUAUUUGAGUCAAAACAUCUAUUGAUACUCUCAAAAAUGAAUAAAGCAAGGAUGUGGAGAUAUGAAGGCCUAUAUAUAUAA